CGCACUUCAUUAAAUAAAUCACACCCGCCCUUUUCGUCUGCUCUCCCUAAUCACCCUCACCGAGUCCCCCCCACUGCCAUGUGACUCUCUUUUCUCUCUGUCUCACUUUUCUCGCUCUUUCUUUUUAGCUCCAUAUCUUUGUCCCAUAAGUCUUCCAUUUCCUUCCCAUCAAUGAAUUAUAAUAUUAAAAAGAAGAUGGGGUCUGAAGCUUCGUGAAAUGUCUGGACGAUCUUGGGAAUGGGCUCUGUUCGUCUGAGGCGGUGGCUGCAGUGAGUGAGAGACAAAGAGGAGAGAGGGGGAUUUGCUAUUGCAAUGAAGGUAAUCUUGGUUCCUGGGCUUUUUUCCUUCUUGUUGUUGGCCUCUCUGAGCUCGAUUUCAGCUCUGCCUCGCAAUGGACUCCAUUCGGAUUCUCUCAAGUCCAUUAUAGGACAAGAGAAUUUGGGGCCAUGGAAGAAUGGAAUAUCGGAGGCUGCACAAGCUCCAGGGCCUGCUAGCGAUGAUGCCACUCAGAGCACGCUUACUUUGGCGGCAAACCGGACGAAUAGGCUGGACAUUCUUCGUGGGUUUCGGCGCUACCGAGGUGGCUGGGACAUUGCCAAUCGCCAUUACUGGGCUUCUGUUGGGUUCACCGGUGCUCCUGCUUUCGUUCUUGCUGUCCUAUGGUUUAUUUCUUUCGGCUUGUGUCUUGUGGUUCAUCAUUGCUGUGGUUGGAGGAUAAACAUAAAAGGAAAAGAAUCGCACCACUCACAAAGAAUUUGUCUUAUUCUGCUUAUAGCAUUCACCUGUGCUGCAGCGAUUGGAUGCAUCCUUCUUUCUGUUGGGCAGGAUGAAUUUCAUGGUGAAGUUUUGCGAACUUUGAACUAUGUUGUAAACCAGUCAGACUACACUGUGAAGACCCUAAGAAAUGUCACAGAAUAUCUAUCACUAGCAAAAAAUAUUAGUGUGGCCCAGGUGUUCCUUCCUUCUGAUGUCAUGGAUGAUAUUGACAAAUUGAAUGUGGAUCUCAAUACUGCAGCAGAUACACUGACAGAGAAGACAAGUACAAAUUCUGUCAAAAUAAAGAAAGUCUUCAAUGCUGUGCGUUCUGCUUUAAUAACUGUGGCAGCUGUAAUGUUUCUCCUGGCUCUGAUUGGUCUUAUCCUGUCUAUCCUUGGGCACAAACAUGCAAUCCAUAUAUUCAUAAUAAGUGGUUGGUUGCUCAUUGCGAUUACAUUUGUGCUUUGUGGAGUUUUUGUAGUCCUCAACAAUACAGUUUCUGACACCUGUAUGGCCAUGGAGGAGUGGGUAGAAUUUCCACAUGCAGAAACGGCUCUUAGCAACAUCCUUCCAUGUGUUGACCAAAGAACAACAAACCAAACACUUGCGCAGAGUAAAAAAGUUAUCAAUCAAAUUGUAAAUGUUGUCAAUGAAUUUAUCUAUACAUAUGCAGACACAAAUCCCUCCCAGGACAAUUCUUAUUAUUACAAUCAGUCUGGUCCUCUGAUGCCACCACUAUGUUAUCCAUAUGACUCUCAGCUGCAAGAUCGCAUGUGUGGGCCUCAGGAGGUGUCUGUGGCAAAUGCUUCUGCGGUAUGGAAGAGCUAUACUUGUGAAGUAUCGGCAUAUGGUCUGUGCACCACUGCUGGGAGGGUAACGCCAAACAUCUACACACAGUUGGUGGCUGCAGUUAACGAGAGCUAUGCACUCGAGCACUACACGCCACCUUUACUUAACCUCCAGGAUUGUAAUUUUGUCAGGGACACUUUCAGAAUAAUUACCAUAAGCUACUGCCCUCCGCUGGGACAUUAUAUCAAGAUAGUGAAUGCCGGGUUGGGCAUGAUAUCGGUUGGAGUCUUGCUCUGCCUUGUUCUUUGGAUACUCUAUGCAAACCGCCCCCAAAGGGAGGAAGUGUUUGUCAAGCUAUCCUUACAAAUAAAAGGAAGCAGGACUUACAAGAACUGUUUUAGUUAUAACAGGAAUCAUGGGGCACCAGUAUCAAAUCCAUCAAGUGAAGUGUAGUCUUAACACAGAAAAGAAGUAACAUGUUAGACACAUAUUUUGAGUUUUAUUGUACCCCUAUUGGGGGUAAAAACCAAGGUGGGGCGAAGCUCCAUUUUGAGUUGAGGGAUAAUUUGAGUGUAUUUUGU